GGGUAGCAGUACGAUCUCGAAGCAGGAGCAGGGGCUCGGGCAGUCUUGUAUUUGUUUAUGUCGUGUCAAAAUCUCGUGAUCCUGGGGCUUAUGAGUGUAGGAGGCCAAAGCGUGUUUCGUCGAUGCAGCUUCUCGUAAUUUUUGUCGACUGCCCUCGUCGCCGAGUACCUAAAAUAUCCCAAGCCUAACGGAAAAACUAAACUUCGAAUCGUCUGUGAAACAUAGCCUCUCACGUCUUCUUUGAGAAAUUUUCUACAAACUCUUCUCUGAUAAAUUUUAACGCCGGUUAUGGUACAGUGAUGUGUGUUUAAAAUGCCGUUAUCAUGACGUGCAGUGAAUAGAAGAUUUGUAUGCAGUCCUCUGGUGGGAAUAAUCAUCCUCAUAUCACUGACUGAACUGUCAAAAGAAUGACAAUUUUUGUUUUCUUUAGUGAUUUGUGUGCUCGGAAGACCGAAGAUGGAUGCAAACAACUGUAAUUUAUCCACCUCAAGAAUGUGGUACGGAUGAUUGCUCUGAAAUCACGGCAGCCUCUGUGAAACUCAACUUUAUACCAUGGCUGACAUUGCGGCAGUUGGUUACGGGCGCUCUGGUAUUUUAGAAACUCAUGUACGUGGACAAUGGUACAGGGUCUUCGUAACUCUUGAAGACGAUUAUCUCAGUAUCAGUUUAGAUGAGAGCUAUGAAAAUUCAACAGCUCUUAAUGGAACCCUCAACAACAACAAUAACAAUCUAGACUCUGGUGGUGGAAUGAUGGACAAUGCUGAUGUACCAGAAUCAGUGGCAAACCAGAAACGCAUUGUUAGGGUAGUGAAAUCUGAUAAUAAUGGCCUAGGCAUUUCAAUCAAAGGUGGCAAAGAAAAUAAGAUGCCAAUCCUUAUUUCAAAGAUAUUUAAAGGAAUGGCAGCUGAUCAAACAGAACAAUUGUAUGUUGGUGAUGCCAUACUGUCUGUCAAUGGUGAAGAUCUUCGAGAAGCAACACACGAUGAAGCAGUGAAAGCCCUGAAACGCGCUGGAAAGGUGGUGGAAUUAGAAGUCAAAUACCUGCGCGAGGUGACGCCGUACUUCCGCAAGGCGUCCAUCAUCUCGGAGGUGGGCUGGGAGCUGCAGCGGGGCUUCCUGUCGGGCGCGCCCCCCGCGCCGCGGUCGCCUCAGCGCGCCGACACCCGCUACCUGCCGCUGCAGCUCUGCUACCUCGCGAGGAACUUCCGCCACCAGGACCCGGAGGGCCGCACCCUGGAGCUGCACUCGCCCGACGGCGUGCACGCGUGCGUGCUGCGCGCCGCCGACCAGCCGGACGCCACGGCGUGGUUCAACGCGCUGCACUCGGCGCUGCAGGCGCUCACGGCGCGGGCGCUGCAGCUGGCGGCGCGCACCCUGCAGGCCACCAUGCAGGGCGCCGUGCAGGACCUCGUGCUCAUGGGCUGGCUGGCCAGGAGGCCGCCCGAUGCGCAGAACGGCCAGGCCAACUCGGAGAGCAGCGAGGACCCCGAUCGGUGGCAGGCCGUGUUCGCCGCCGUCACGGAUCGCGAGCUGAGGCUGUACGAGUCGGCGCCCUGGAGCCCGGAGGCCUGGGCGGCGCCAGUGGACACCUGUCCGCUGCUCUCCACCCGGCUGGUGAGCUCCAGCUCGAGCCGGCAGAACGAGGUCAUCACGCUGGUGGUGCGGUGCGGCAGCCAGGACGGCGUGCAGGCGCACACGCUGCGCGCCGAGACCCACCGGGACUUGGCCACGUGGGCGCGCACCCUGGUGCAGGGGAGCCACAACGCCGUGGCUGCGCAGAGGGAGCUGGCUUGCAGGUGCGUGUGGCAAAGAAAACCCUGUCAGCUGUUACUGCAUUAUGAAGAUGGCUUCACCCUAAUUGAAGGCCAGGCUAAUACGUUGGGCCGGGAACAGAAAGUUUUGAUGAAGGCCCCGUUCGAAAGUCUACGCUCUUCAGGAGAUGAUGGCCUUAGGUUGCUGUGGCUGGACAUAGGUGGUGAUGAGGGAGAGAUGGAGUUUGAUUUAGAAUCUUGUCCCAAACCAUUUGUUUUCAUCUUACACAAUUUUUUGUCAGCAAAAAUACAUCGGUUAGGUUUAUAUGCGUAAUUUUAGACUAUUUCUAUCUGCAUGUGUAAUUUAUUUUUGACAGGCUGGCCUAGCUAAAGAUGUCAAUAUAUCUGGGGCUAUGUACUGAUAUGAUUUUAGAAUCUUAUAAGCUCUAAUUAGCUGUGUUAUGAAUUUUGUACAUUUGUAUUAAUUGAGGGGGAAAGUUUUACUUGUUCUCUUAUAGCUCUAACAGUGAAGUGUUCUCUCGUUUUCAAUAAGCUCUUAAGAUAGUCAGUGGUAAAGGUCUCAUUUUUCAAGUUCAUCUAAAUGUUAUUUGUUUCCUGUGGUGUUAGAAUUGGUGUCACCUGUAUGUCUGUGUUUUGUCAAGAUCUGAAACGUCACUAAUCUCCAAUCGCUGAUUUUUCUUCUUUUUAGAAGUAUUCUUACAUACCUCAGCUCAGAAAUACUGUAAUGUGACCAUUGUUUUCUUGAACAUGAAUUAUUUAUUUUUUAUUCCAACAAAGAUCCAUUUGGAGAAUUUUAACAUUUGUUCAAGGAGUCUUAUUUUUGUCUCCUAUGCUCACCAAAAGCAAUCCCAAAGUCUAAUUACUUCAGUCAGGUAUGAUUUUAUUUUACCUUUAAAAUUUAAUUACCAUAUAAAUUUGGUUGUAAAACUUUUGAUUUCAUCUGUCAUAGUUUGACGUUUUAACAAACAUUUUUUAAAGUCAAUGAGUGAUAUUUUAUAUGAAGUAACUAAUAUUUUCUGAUUGCUAGUGAAUUCUCCACUUAAAAUGCUUUCCUAUGGCGCCUAUUUGAGGAAAUGUCAGGUCUUCCAUACAUACCUUUGCCUGGUGGCAGAGAUCUGUUAAUAGAGACUCAUUGUUCAAUAGAAAGCAUAGAUUGAGAAUCAUUUUCUGACUCAUACUGUUAAUGUCAAUGUUUACCUAGCGGCCCUCGGUUUACCUGCUUAGGAGUAAGCUUUGGUAUAUCAUUUCUGUAGUUCUCCGUUGCUACAUGUCUAUCCUCUUUUCAUUAUUCUUUUAAAAUGGACCACAGUUAAGGUAUAAUCUCUUGGGCUUUUCUCUUAAUAAAUUGUAGAUUAUCAUCAAUAGUUAUGAUUAAUUCCAUGCUAAAGCUGAUGACUCAAAAAUAUGACACAAUGUGUAAUCCCAGAUGACUCUCUCUCACCUGAAUAAUACUGUGAACCUAUCAGAUUAUAUACACAGAUCACAGCAAUUUUGCCACUAUGCAGCGUGAAAGAGAAAAAAGAGUGACCUUAACAUUUUUUCUGUUCCCUUUUUGUCCGUCUGGUCACGGGCAACAUGCUGGACAUGUGAACAAUGUGUGUGGAAUUUUUGUUUAUAAACAUAUUGUGCUGACAGUGCACUCAAACUGUUUGUGUGUUAAACGUUGUUUGCUACAUGGGGGCCUGUUUUCCAUCUUGUUUCAGUUUUUAGGAUGAAUUCAUUUUACUGUGAUUAAAAAUUAAAUGUGUUGUUACUUUGUAAGUUUAGAGAGGAGCUCAAUAUAAAUAGCAUUGACUUGAUUCAGCAACAGCAAGCAAAUUGUUAAUUUGUACUGCUGUUGAAAAGUAAUAUAGAUAGUCUUAUAAGUACCUGAUGUUAAAUCAGAGUUCUUCUAAACUCCCUCACUUUUUAAUUUCUGACCAUAAAUUGAGGUCAUAAAUAGAUUGCACAAAUUAUAUACUUCAGAGUACCUGUACCCAAAGCCAUGGCCUGUUGCGACCUCUCAUUUAUAGUACUAGAUAUUUAAAGAUCUAUUAUGUGUACAUAUAAUAGUAAUUUAGUGUUCAAGGGCACCUGUGUUUCUUUGAAAAUUUAUUUAUGUUUAUUAAACACAUUACUCAAGAGUGAAACUGGAGAGAAACAAUUAAAAAGCAAAUCUGUUAAUUUUAAACUUUUGUUUAUCUGUCAUUUGUUUUAUAAAUUGAGCACAUUUUUGGGUUUAUAUUUUAAAUUUGACUUUUUGAAAUACCUACAGUGUAACCUAGUGAUUUUUUAAUGAGAUAUAAGUACCUUAUUCCUUUAAAACAAAUGUCAAUUUUUCCUGUUAAUAGAGAAAAUCUGAAAAUGUCUUGCCUAGUGGCCUAUGCCCCUCUUUUUUCUAUCUAAGUUGUGUCAGGGUUUAAUGGUGAAUGUAUUAAUGAAAUGUUCAAGUUUGUAACCAAUUUUAAGGUACUGAUCAGGCUCUUCCUCUUUAUUUUCUAUCCAUCCCCAUCUUGUUUUCUUUGUCUCAACCGUGUAUAGACUUCUCAUCAAUAUUAUUUUUUACAUUAAAGGAAGAUGUACGAAUGCAACACAAUGAGCGUCCCUGGUGAAAAAAGGGGUUCAGAGUGGCAGUUAAAGGGCAAAUAAUGGGCACUUCUGCAACUUAGCUGCCUUUUAGUUAGGAGGCAGUUAUGUAGAUUGUGUUGCUGCUAGUGCAUUGAAGUGGCAAGGAAGUGGUGUCAAAGAUCAGAAGUUGCAAAGCUGUUUAAGUUCUACACCAUGUUGAGACAGCCAUUGUGCUGUUGUGUAACGUCCACGCGUUCCCAGCAGAGACUCGUAGACCUUACUUUACAAAAAUAGCAGGUGACUACACUUGUCGCCUCUCCAACAGGCAGUUGUCUUAGUUUAACAUCCAGAUUAGAUAUGGCUCUGUUGGCAUGGUGAUUCUUCAGUGAGAGCUAACUUUCUGCUCCAGUGACACACUAAUGCCACUAAAAAUGCAACUUUAAAUGUGCACUUCUUCAUUCCCUGAUGGGCACUUCUGUGCUACUCCAAUGCCACUUAAUUUGACCGUUUCAUUACUCCUUUGAUAUCACUCUAAAGUAUCUUCAGUGCCACUUCAAAGAUAGAACCUUUUCUACACCUUCAUUGCUAUUUGUAUGACACUCACUGAAAUGCCACCUGGGCUGACUGACACUUUGCUGCCACUCACUUGCCCCCACAUUGCCACUUUGUCUCUUAACUUUUUUAUCCAGGGUAUCUUUAACGCUGGCGUUGGAAUAACGCUGGGGAAGUGGUCAGAUCACGGUGAUCAGGGGGACCCGAGACCUUCCGGGCAUUGUUCUAACGCUAGCGGUGGACGCUUUCAUCGUUGCGAUCGUAAACCGCCUUAAAGGCUUCAGAUAGAAUAUGAUGUUUGUUAAAUGCACUCCACCUAGUUUUUGAUCCAAUGUUUCCUCUUUUGUUGUCUUUUUUGUUUCAAUUCAACUGUUUUGCUGGUUUCCAUCAGAAUUUUAAAAUUGCUUACAGUUUUAACUCGUCUUCUAUCUGUCUUUAACAUGUGGCUUUUAAUUUGAAUGAAAUUCACAAAUAAAUGUGCGUCUUAU